CAUGGUUUCUACUUGGUCUGUAGAUUACGCAUCUAUCAAUACUGCCAACAAAUCAAAAGUUCCUAAUCCUGUUGGAUAUGAUUCCCAUGCCUUCCACAAUGCCAAAUUAGGAUUGAAAGGAGGAAAAAACCUGAAUGCUCAGGAUGAUCAUGAUGAUGUUCCAAUUAAAGUCAAGAGAGCAUGGGAUGUUGCAAUGAGUCCAGCAAAGAACAUUCCAAUGAAUGCCAUCAUGAUUUACAUGAGUGGUAAUGGUGUACAAAUCUUCAGUGUUAUGAUUACAUUUAUGCUUUUCUUCCAACCUGCCAAGGCUAUCAUGACUCUCAAUCAAACAUUUGAGAGAUUUGAGUCCAAAGGUGCAGCUGCCAAACGUCCCGAGGCUGAUUUACUGCUCCCAAAGUUGACCUAUAUUGGUUUGCAGCUUGUGAUCAUACUGCUGGGUGUUUACAAGAUCAACAACAUGGGAUUGUUGCCAACAACCACUUCAGAUUGGUUAGCAUUCCUUCCCCACAAAGAGGUGCUUGAGUAUGCAUCAAUUUAGAUGGGCAUUUGACGUAGGAAAAAAAAACUCCCCCUUUUGCCUAAAAGUACAAAAUAUUAAAGACAAAAAUGUCGGCUU